GGUGUACCGACAACGUCAUGUCUACCACUGUUACAAACAAACCCACGCUCUCAACCCACAUCUCCACCUCCCCAAGUACUACGAAAAUGGACGUCACUGCACCUAUAAAUCCAUCCGAUCUUUUCUCCGCCAAAGGUCUUUUAGUCGUCAUUACAGGCGGCGGCAGUGGUCUCGGUCUCGCCAUCGCGUCCGCCCUCUUUCAGAACGGCGCUUCAAAAAUCUAUCUCCUCGGUCGUCGGCAAAACGUCCUCGAGGAUGCCAUCAAGAAGCUCGAAGCCUCACCCUCGGCACCCAAAUCCUCUAUUCCAGUUCUCGGCGCUAUAACAUGCGAUGUCGCAAACCAGGAGUCCGUCUCCGCAGCCGUGGAGCGGAUAAAAUCUGAGACAGGAUAUGUCGACGUCUUGAUAAACAAUGCGGGUGUCAUUGGUCCCUUGAACGGACCCGACAUGUACAAAACGGAAAGCAUCGAGCAGUUGAGAGACAGCAUGCUGAAAGGCUGGUAUGGCUGGGCACAGACCUUUGCUAUCAACACACAAUCCGUUGUCGGUGUCAGCGCGGCAUUUCUUCCCCUUCUCGAGGCUGCCGAUGUGCGGCGUGGUUGGCAAGCUGGCAGAGUCAGAGGCGGGCCCGGCGAUCCGAGGGUGACUGGCAAGGGAACACCAAGGGAGCAAGACAAAUCCGCGCUGAAGAGGCUUGGGUACGAUGAAGAUGACGAUAGACUGGCGCACAUCAUCACCGUCGCAUCUGUCGCCUCGUUUAUGCGGUAUAGCAUAGCAGGUCUGGCGUACAAUGCGACGAAGGCAGCGGCCGCGCAGCUGGGCAAGAUAUUGAGCUCGAUUCUGGCGGAGUGGGGCGUGCGCAGCAAUGUGAUAUGUCCUGGGCCGUACCCAAGCGAGAUGACGGCUGGGAUUGAGGGAAGAUAUGGCACCGAUCAGGUACCGCAGGGUCGCAUGGGCAACCUCAAUGAUAUAUCUAGUUUGGCAUUGUUCCUGGUUGGCAAAGGGGGAGCAUAUAUCAAUGGUACAAUGCAGAUAACAGAUGGAGGUAGAAUUGGCGUCUUCCCAGCGACAUAUUAGAGUUAUAACGGUAUAGAGAAGUCUUCCGUGAAGAGAACAAUCUUGUAUCUGAGAAGCCGUGCUGCACCAUUAUACAAUCUCGACA